CCGGUUCAUAUAGCUCCCCUUAGCUACUAAGUGUCACUUAUUGGUAAGGGGGACUUGACCAAUGGGUUCAUAUAGCCACCCUUACCGUAAGUGUGAGGAAAGUGUCACUUACCAGUAAGGGCGAGUUGAUAAGGGUAGGAGGCACCACCCUAUGAGCUCCACUUACGUGCUAGCCGAGCGCGGUGUGUGCCAUUCUGGAACGGUUUUGCGAUUGAUUUUGAAGCCAAAGCAUCAUGGCAGGUCGCCGUAUUCUUUUGUAUGACAUAAGACGAGCUGCUGGUGCGCGGAGAAGACACCGUGAAACUGUGGAUUACUUUCAGUUGGAUGACCGCUCUUUCUAUGAGAGAUAUCGCUUCGAUAAGCAGUCAGUGGAUUAUCUGGUGGAAGAAUUUUGUGGCGGUUUAGAGUCCAGGACAAAUCACUACCCAGCAUCUGCCAAAACAAAAAUGUUGGUAACUUUACGCUAUUUGGCCAGCAACGCGCUGCAGGAAGUGAUCGGCGAUACAUUUUGCAUAUCCAAGGGAGGAGUGAACAACAUCAUUUGGGAAGUCAUUCCGCGGAUCGCUGAAAGAAUGGACGACUUUAUCAAGAUGCCCACAGGACAAGCCCUGCUGGACACCAAUCGAGAUUUUCACCGAAUGACUGGAAUUCCUGGAAUAGUUGGGUGCAUAGACUGCACGCAUAUCAAAGUCAACGUCGGUGAGGACCAAAAAGCAUCUUUUCUCAAUAGAAAAGGAUUCACAUCAAACAACGUUCAAGCCGUGUGCGACGCAUCGUACAGAUUUAUAUCUGUGUACGCGUUUUGGCCCGGCUGUACGCACGACUCAUUCAUCCUCAAGCACAGCGCCCUCUUCAAGGAUUUUGAACAGAAGCGUCGCGAGGGGAUCCUGUUGGGUGAUUCUGGAUAUGGGAGCGGUAAACCAUGGAUGCUGACACCUUUCGGAAACCCAGAAACCCCCGCUCAAAGACGGUACAACUACGCUCAGAAACGCGGCCGUGUAUUAAUCGAGCAAAGUUUUGGGCAGGUCAAGCGUCGUUUUAGAGGAUUAUUAGACGGAUUUAGAACAAGUCCCGAAAGGGCAAACAUCGCCACCGUGGCAGCCAUGGUGUUGCACAACAUUGCCAAGGAAAGGGGACAACCGGACAACUUUGAUGAUGCUCAGCCCGGUGAUUUAGAGAUGGAAGAAGAGUGCACACUACCAGCGACUGCAGGAGCAGAGUUUCCUGAAGGCAGAAGAUUUCGAGACCAUAUAGUGGAGACUUUCUUCGUCUGAAAAAACGGCACCACUGAUCGUGCACAUGCUUUCUUGCGUGAGUGUGACUGUGAACUGUAUUUUGAAACGCUUCACACUGGUUAUUGUGCACUCAUUUGCGCGUACAUAUUAGCGAUGACCAGCAUUCGGUGCUGUUUGAACGUAUGCGUUCUUGGGAACGUAUUUUUGGGAGCAUAUACCUGCCAGGUAUUUAUACUGUGAUUGGAUGUAUGCUUCUAGCUUGUGAUUUGGACCUGUGUGGCCUAUUUCUAUGAAAAUAAAUAUCUGGCUGUGUGCGUGCACAAUGAACUUAUUUUUUCAUC